AUGAAGCCCCGUGUUUGCCCGACUCUCCGCAAGGCCUACAAGAGCCAAUUCCAGUGGAACCAACGCGCCAAACAAGGCUUGAGACAUCUGACCACGACCGAAACAUGCUCAAGAGCGACAGACUACCCUUUCGUGAAGACCGCAAGGCUACCAUGUCAACUACUCACAGCCUCGUUCCAGCGCCGCCACCAAAGCACAUCCCCACCAAUAUCAGGCAGCGCCGCUCUCCCACGCGUUCUCGUCAAUGACAUGACGAACCAGGAACUCAUCGUUGACUUCGGCACGGGUACAGCCCUGCGUUAUCCGUCAUUCUGGCUAAGAGACCACUGUCCCUGCCCGGAAUGUCAGCAUCCAAGCACCCAUCAGCGGCAACUCGACACUUUUGCCAUUGACCCAGAGAUCAAAGUCUCGAGUGUGCAGUCCACACCGGAGGGAUUGGAAGUGAUUUGGCCAGUUACGGCGGCGGCGACGAUGACGACAGCAGCAACAGGAUCUGGAAAUGCAGACACUGUAGCUGCCACCGGCGGGAAAGGGAGACACAGAAGUCUAUAUGGAUGGGAAUGGCUCCAGACUCAUCCGCCUUUCAUACAAGCCACCAACAAGGCUGCAUCAACAGUGGCCAAAAGAAAAUGGACGCACGUCUCUCCUUCAUCCCCGCCACUCCCUCGAGUACCCUACUCGGCAAUCGUGGACACCUCUUCCAACCUGGGGCUUGCACAAUUCCUCGAAUCAAUCCACACCUAUGGCCUGUGCUUCAUUCCUUCGACGCCGCCCACUCCAAGCGCGACACAGUCUCUCGUUGAACGUAUCUCGCACAUCCGGCCAACCCACUACGGUGGCUUCUGGGACUUCACCUCGGAACCCAACCCCAUCGACACUGCGUACACGGACGACUAUCUACCCCCGCACACCGACACGACAUACUUCACCGACCCCGCCGGGCUCCAGCUCUUCCACUGCCUGACACCUGCAGAGAAAGGCGGCGAAUCGACCUUCGUGGAUGGCUUCGCGGCCGCCGCGCACCUCUACAAAAACUUUCCACAGCACUACCGCGCCCUCAGCACGUACCCGAUCACGUCCGCCGCUCUAGGCUCGUCCGCAGGCGAAUUCUACAACACCGCCGCCUCGCCCCAGGGAUAUCCCGUGCUCGUGCACUCUUCCACACCAUCAUCCUCUGCGCCUAUGACGCCAACCUCCCUGGUCCAAAUCCGAUGGAACAACCUGGACCGCGUCCCUCCCACAACUGCCUCAUUCCCGAACCACACAGCCCUGAAGUCCUGGUACGCCGCGGCGCGCGAGUGGAGCCACAUCCUCGACUCUCCGCAAUUCCUGAUCACCACGGCCCUGGCGCCCGGCGAACCCGUCAUCUUCGAUAACUGGCGCACUCUGCACGGCCGGCUGAGCUUCGAGGGUAGAAGGAGGGUGUGCGGAGCGUAUGUCGGCAUGGAUGAUUUUCGCGCCAGGUGCAGAGGUCUCGGUGUCGGCGACGUGUGA